AUGCCAAGGCCAAAGAAACGUCGUGUUAACAAAGAUCGUUCGAUAAUUCCUAACAUGGACACUAAAACUAGAAAUUUGGUCAAAUGUAAAUGUGUAUCACAUUGCAAUGUUCUCAUCGGUCAAGGAACAUCAGAAGUAACCGGGUCGAUGUUAGAUCAUCAUCAACUUCAAAAAUCAGAACCAGCAUUAUAUAAAGAAGACAAUGAGGUGCCAGAUAACGAUGAUGUAGAAGAUGAUCACAGGUUGAGUGAAGAUGAUGUUCCAGUUAAGCAAUUUACUACUCCUGAUUUCGAUGAUCUUGAUUUUGAAUCAGAUCUUGAAUAUCCUGAUAUGAACAUUGAAUUUAAUGAUUCAUGGAUACUAUUAUGGAUCCUUAAAUAUCAGUCAAGGUUCUGUCUUUCAGAUGUAGCAAUAGAUUCACUUGUUAAAUUCUUUAGGAUAGUUUUAUUGGAUGCCGACCAUACGAGAUUCAAAGAAUUUCUAACCAGUUCUUAUAUGAUGAGAAAGAUACUAGGAAAUCGGCAAGCAGGAAAAAGUUCAAAUUCUGGAUUCAAGUGCACGCAUGUAGAAUUCCCAAACCAUCUGAGACAUAGCCAAAGACAACCCUGUGGAACAGAGUUGAUUAAAAAGGUCCCAGUAGUAAAAGGUCACAUCGGAAGACCAAAGAUGAUUUUCCCUUUAUCAUCUUUAAAGAUGCAAAUAAUUUCGAUGUAUUAG